GCGACUCCAUUCUACGGCAAGCCCUUUCCGGCGGGGCGGCUGCCGAAGGCCUGGUUCAGGUGGGCUCCUCUGGAGAAGCGCCCACCGCCGGUGCUGCCCAUCGCUGGGUCCAUUCCUGGCACAGUGCCGGUGGGCCGCCAGCCGCCGAAGCCGAAGGCGGCGAGAGACAGCUGGCUCCGGGUGGUGAAGGCGAAGACGCCGGCGGCGAAGUCUCCGUCUCCGGUCGUUAUGAAGCCCACCCAGAAGUUCCCGCCGCACUUCCGGAGCUUCGGCUGCAGCAGCGAGCAGGCGGUGGACACAGAUGUGGAGUCGCCGGAGGACAGAGAGGCAGCCGGGGAGCUGGCAGGUGGUGGCGAUGAAUCACCCGCUGCUUUACUCUUGGCACGGUUUCUAAUACAACGGGAUGCCCGAACACUAACCGAGGGGCCUGUGCCAGAGUCGUCAGACGGUGGCGAUGAAGCACCCGCUGCCGCGGGGCCUGCACCAGAUGGUGGCGAGGUGAACGACGAAGCAUCCGCUGCCGCGGGGCCUGCACCAGAUGAUGGUGGCGAGGUGAACGAAGCAUCCGCUGCCGACGGGCCUCAGCCAGAUGAUGGUGGCGAUGGCGACGACGGGCCUCUGCCAGAUGAUGGUGGCGAUGGCGACGACACGACCGACGAGUCUCUGGCCGAGCUUGUCCGCCGGCAGUUUGAGUGA